UUCCAGCAUUAUCUCUCUGUUCACGUAUCAAUAUGUGUCCAGACAAUUUCUUUGGGCCACACGGCCAUUACGUUAAGAAGCAAGAAACUGAUAACGCCAGCAAGCAAGGAGGCCAGUGCACUGACCCUUGCCGAAACAGGCAUUGUUUCACGGGGAGAUAAGGGUCUCCCACCUCCAUGGGAGGGCCGCUGGAGUGACCAAUGAGCGUGGACAGGCACCAAGGUCCAUUCUCCUCUUCCUCUUUAUAAGCAGGGCUGCCAGGGCGAUGAGUCCAAACCUGCUCUGAGCGUUCACUGCAAGGAGCCUGAGCCUGCACCCUCCCGCACGAUGACGCUGACUCAAGCUGAGAAGGCCGCCGUGAUCGCCAUCUGGGCAAAGGUGGCUACCCAAGCCGAUGCCAUUGGGGCAGAAUCACUGGAGAGGCUUUUCUCCAGCUACCCGCAGACGAAAACCUACUUCCCUCAUUUUGAUCUCAGCCAAGGCUCAGCUCAGCUUCGUGGUCAUGGCUCCAAGGUCAUGAAUGCCAUCGGGGAGGCUGUGAAGCACAUUGAUGACAUUAGAGGCGCUUUGGCCAAACUCAGUGAGCUGCAUGCUUACAUCCUCAGAGUGGACCCAGUGAACUUCAAGCUGCUUUCCCACUGUAUCCUGUGCUCUGUGGCUGCCCGCUAUCCCAGUGACUUCACCCCAGAAGUUCACGCUGCGUGGGACAAGUUCCUGUCCAGUGUUUCCUCUGUCCUGACUGAGAAGUACAGAUAAACGGCCACCACAAAGGGUGAGGGAUGCACAUCCAUGGCGCACCACAGCUGCCAGGCUCUGGGGUAUUCACCUCUUCCUAUGCAGUCCUCUCAAAUCCCCUAUGCAGGGGCUUGGUCAU